AUGAUGACAUCCGAUAAUACAUCUAAGAUAUCAAAUCAAUCGAUUUCUCGAAGUCCGUCACCGGUGGCCAGCAGUAUUAAUAGAAGCAACAACAGCACGCCUUUGUCCAGCUGCGAGAGACCAAUUAGUUUAGAGAUCUACCGAAGAGUUCCAACUCCUCCAUCUCCACAAUUAUCAUUAAUGAGUUCAUUUAACGUUGAUUUUGAUUCAGUUAAUCUAGAUAACGAUUUCCAGCUACAAAUUAAUCCCACUACUGUACCGAAUGACAUAAUCAAGGAAUCAAAUGUGGUGGAGAAAGUUAUGGGAUUCUUUAAAAAAAGAGAAGAUGUUGAUCCAAAGCAGUCCAACAUCAAACCAAUCAAGAAAAAACGUUCUUUAGGAUGCCUCAACUUUUUCAAAAGAGAUGACGCCAAUGAAUCAAUCCACCAACCAACAAAGUCAAUUUUAAAAUCUAAAAUAAAUAAAAAUUAUGAAGCUGAACAAUCCAAAUGUAAAUGCGAAGAGUCGUUAGACUUUGAAGAGUUUAUGGGCCGUUUUGAAUACACAGAACAACUUAAAAAUAGUAACGACGAAGCAUUGUCGAUGUUACGAAUGGAACAAGUACGGAACUAUUUUUAUCAUGUGUAG